AUGCUGAAUAACUUACAUAGACAGGAACCUUUUGCUCCUAUUGGAGAAUUUGAGAAAAAACGAAGUAAUGGCAAAAAGUGCAGAAUAUGGAAAUAUAAUCGUAAAUUGCAACUUCCAGAUAUAAAAUAUGAAGGAAACACUUUGGAUAGACCCAUUACAAUGAUUCUAUCCCUAUGUGAUAAUGAAUCAGAGCAAGAAAAAAGAAUUAGAAGUGAUGGUAGUCCUCCGUAUACAGAACUAAUGCAAACACUCCAACAUACCAGAAUUGCUCAAAAUAGUAAAAUAAAUUGCCAUGUGAAUAAUGAGCUGAAAAGUAUUAAUAGUAAUUUAUUAGAGUCUGAUCAAAGAGAUUCAAAAAACUUUCUGGUAUGGGUCGAUGAGGAAAGGAUAGAAUUUAAUACUAAGGAAACAGUAUGCUCAAACGAGCAAUUCCUUUCAAACUGGGCUCAAAGUCAUGAAGAUCAUGAUACUCCAAGAACUCCUCAGUAUGACCAUGAAUAUACCGACUCAGAAAUCUCAACACUAUCGUCAGAACCAUCAUUAUUUACAUUACCAUCGCAAUCUUCUAUAUUAACUCCAAAAAAUAGUAGUUGUAUUGUUGGUCUAUCAGAUCAGUAUAAUCAGUACAUACUCCAAAAAAUAAGUAACAGUAGUGGUGCUGGAAGUAAUCCCACUAAUGAAUAUCAAAUUUCUAACAGCUUUAAUAACAUAUCAAACUCAGGAUCAACACCCUCAAAUAGAGCGCUUCAACUUCAUACAUCUAGUAUAAAUACUUGUAUUAAUAUUAAUUCAAUACUACAUCAAUGGACAUCUUAUUUUACUAACAAGUACUCCAUUGAAGUUAAUGAACUUGAUCAGGCAAAUCAGUACUUUAUGAGCCUCGACAAUAGAACAUUAACAGCAUCUACCAAUGCUUUAAUAUAUAUGAGUUAUUGUGCCCGUAAUGCUCAGUUAAGAAGAUGUUGA